CGAGGAGCCGGUGCAGAGCGGGCGGCGGCGGCGGCAGCGGAGGCGGCGGCUCCAGUCGGCACGGCGCGGGGCUCGGCGGCGGGAUUCGGCGGCGGUGCUCGCUCUGCGCACCCUGCCUCGCUCCCAGCCGGGGACGGUCGGAGGGCGCAGCGCGGAGCCCCGGCAGCCCGAGGGCGCGAGUUCAGCCUUGUCACAUCAUCCCGCCCCCCUGGUCUUGCAAGUCCUGGGAAGAGUUUGGUCUGCAGGAGGAGGACAUUGAUGCUCUCAGUGUGCUGCUGCUGGUGAACAAGAGGCCACCCUGAGCUCUACUCCCCUCCCCCCACCAGCAACCCGAGGUCCCAGCUAAAGAGUGACUCCAUGGCUGCUCCCGUCCCGUGGGCCUGCUGUGCUGUGCUUGCUGCCGCCGCUGCCGUGGUUUAUGCCCAGAGACACAGUCCACAGGAGGCACCCCAUGUGCAGUACGAGCGCCUAGGCUCGGACGUGACAUUGCCAUGUGGGACAGCAAACUGGGAUGCAGCUGUGACUUGGCGGGUGAAUGGGACAGACUUGGCCCCUGACCUGCUCAACGGCUCUCAGCUGGUGCUUCAUGGACUGGAACUGGGCCACAGCGGCCUCUAUGCCUGCUUCCACCGUGACUCCUGGCACCUGCGCCAUCAAAUCCUGCUCCAUGUGGGCUUGCCGCCACGAGAGCCUGUGCUCAGUUGCCGCUCCAACGCUUACCCCAAGGGUUUCUACUGCAGCUGGCAUCUGCCCGCCCCCACCUACAUCCCCAACACCUUCAAUGUGACCGUGUUGCACGGCUCCAAAAUCAUGGUCUGUGAGAAGGACCCAGCCCUCAAGAACCGAUGCCACAUUCGCUAUAUGCACCUGUUCUCCACCAUCAAGUACAAGGUCUCCAUCAGUGUCAGCAAUGCUCUGGGCCACAACGCCACGGCCAUCACCUUCGAUGAGUUCACCAUCGUGAAGCCCGACCCCCCAGAAAACGUGGUAGCUCGGCCGGUGCCCAGCAGCCCUCGACGACUAGAGGUGACGUGGCAGACUCCCUCGACCUGGCCUGACCCCGAGUCCUUUCCUCUCAAGUUCUUUCUGCGCUACCGACCUCUCAUCCUCGACCAGUGGCAGCAUGUGGAGCUUAAUGAUGGCACAGCACACACCAUCACGGAUGCGUAUGCCGGGAAGGAGUACAUCAUCCAGGUUGCAGCCAAGGACAACGAGAUUGGGACAUGGAGUGAUUGGAGCGUGGCCGCCCAUGCCACACCCUGGACUGAGGAGCCCCGACACCUGACCACGGAAACUCAGGCCCCAGAGACCACGACCAGCAUCACCAGCUCACUGACGCCCCCACCUACCACGAAGAUCUGUGACCCCGAGGAGCUGGGCAAUGGCAAUGGCGGAGGGCCGUUGGCACCCUUCCCAACCUGGGUCCCUGUCACUCUGGCCCUGGCCACCGCUGCUGCCACUGCCAACAGUCUCCUGAUCUGAGCCCGGCACCCCGUGAGGACGCGCCAGCGCACCUGCAGAGGAGCAGGAAGCCGGAGCUGAGCCCGCAGACCCCGGUUUCUAUUUUGCACACGGGCAGGAGGACCUGCAUUCUCUCUCUUCAGACACAAUUUGUAGAGACCCCGGUGGGCCUGGGCCCGCCACCCCCAGCCCUCCCAUACCACUUAGCUUCCUUCCUCCUUCGGGGAAGGAGGACCUUGCCACCAUCCCACCCACCAAAGACCCAUCCCACCUGCCCCUUCAGGCUGGACCCUCCCACACCGGUGACUCCCAGGAGCCCAUGGGGGGCCUGAGGGGGCACCUCACACAGUUUCUCCUCCUGCCCCAGCCUCCUGUCUGUCCCAGGGUCUCUAUUGCCACCAUCAGAUUAUAAGCUCCUGAUGCUGGGGGGGCCCAGCCACCCCCUCCCCCCAGCAUCCACACUUUUCAGCCCCCCACCUCUGCCCGUUUUGUACACCCCUCUGCUUUCCCAGAUCCUGCCCCACAGUAUUUAAUGCCCUGUCAGUCCCUUCUAGUCUGACUCAAUGGUAACUUGCUGUAUUUGAAUUUUUUAUAGAUGUAUAUACAGGGGUGGGGGUGGGGGUGGGGGUGGGGGGGAAGGGUUCUCAUUAAACGUUACCAUU